GGGAAGCUUCCUGUCUUCCUUACGUCCACAUCAACUUCCUUCAUGAAUAUAAAUACAAAGUCGGAUUGUCUACCUCUUGGCUCUCAUUUCUAAUCUGCACGGAAGAGGCACAUCUCCAAGAAAAAUCCACAGUGGGGCUGAGUCAGAUCUAGAUCUCAGAGCAAGUCAUAUUAGGCUCCAGGAUUCUGUUGAAGACAUUUUCUCUCCUUAUAUAUCUCGGAAUCGAACCCAUUUUCUAACUUUUCCCCCAAUCCAGCCAAUGCUAUCAGUCCCAAUGUUAUAUCACUACAUACCAUAAGCCCCCAAAACCCAAUUGCAAAGAUGGCGCCCACAGCGGCCGAUCCAAAAGAUCUCAAACUAACUCUCAACCCCGCACGCCGACGAGCCCUCAACAUCCUAAUCGGAUCCGUCACAGAACACAUGCGCAAAACAAUUACAGAUUCUUUUUCCAACCCCUCAAAUCAACCAAACUCCAAUCAAAACAACAACAUCCCAGGACCCAAUCCAAAUGUCUCCCCCUACCCAAAUCCCCACUAUUCCAACACCUCCUCGCCCUCUUCAACCCCGACUGCAGAAAUCGAUCUAGAAACAGCCCAGCAGCGCCGUCUCGAAGCUCGUCUAAAUCAAACCCUUUCGACGCCCAAGCUACACGCUUUGGAAAAAGCAGCUCUGAAUUAUUUCGAUUCUUGGCGUGAUUCAAUCAUCACACAAUUAGGCAAAAUUUUGAAUUCUCCAGAUGAUCCUCGUGCAGAUCAAAAAAGAAAAGAGUUUCUCGCUUCGAGACCGCCGCCUCCUUAUAGCCCCGCUUCAAAUGACGCCAAUGGACCUAGCAAAGACAUCCUAGCUUUCCAAACCCUCUACCCCCCAAUCCCCACCCGCUUAACCACCAUUUCCCUUCAAGACCGUAUCCAUAUAGUCUCAAGUCUUUUAAUCAUUGUCCUCUCCCUCGGAACCUACUCCGCGCAUUCCCGCGUUCUCCUCUGCCACCUCACCAGUUCCCUCUCCCUUCCCCCCUCCAUCCUCACGCACGAAGAAAUCCAAACCUCGCGCACCCUCCUCCUAGCCUCCAAAGCCGCGCUCAACGCCGACGCCGAAACCGCCGCGCGUGCAACCCAGAAUACGUCUUCCCGUCGCUGGAAAGUCGGGCUUGCCUCGGUAGCAGGCGCCGCUUUGAUCGGUGUCACGGGCGGGCUUGCGGCUCCCGUCGUUGCGGGUGCUAUUGGUGGGCUCAUGGGCUCGGUGGGCUUAGGUGGCUUGGCGUCUUUCUUGGGGGUUUUCUGUAUGAAUGGCGCGCUGGUGGGAACGUUUUUUGGAGCGUAUGGUGCGCGGAUGACGGGGGAAAUGAUGGAUAAGUAUGCGAGGGAGGUGGAGGAUUUUAAGUUUCUGGAUAUUAAAGGGGAGUGGGGGGAAUUUGGGACGAAAGAGGAAGAAGAGGUAGAGAAAAGGAGAUUAAGGGUGCUAAUUGGGAUUAAUGGGUGGGUGGGGGAGGAGAGGGAUAUUGUUAAGCCGUGGAGGAAACUUGCUACCAGCGACGGAGACGAGGACAGUGGACAUGGAUGUGAGGUUUUUGCGCUAAGGUAUGAGACUAAUGCGUUGGUGGAACUGGGGAGUAGUUUAAAGGACACGGUUGGCAGUUAUGCAUGGUCGAUGGUUAAGAUGGAGAUCUUGAAACGGACCGUUUUGGCUACUUUAUGGGGAGCGCUCUGGCCGGUUUAUCUAUUGAAAAUGGCUACCGGGAUUGAUAAUCCCUUUGCGAGAGCUAAGAGGAGGGCUGAGAAAGCUGGAGAAGUCCUUGCCGAUGCGUUGAUCAAUAGAGCACAAGGAGAACGUCCGGUUAUGCUAGUUGGAUACUCAUUAGGGAGUCGGGUAAUAUACUCCUGUCUCCGCUCUCUAGCCGAACGCCACGCCUUCGGUCUCAUAGACAGUGUGGUACUAAUCGGCUCUCCAAUUCCCUCAUCAACUCUUUCCCUUCUCCCCCUCCGCACCGUUAUCUCCGGCCCCCUCCUAAACGUCUAUAACCCCUCCGAUCUCCUCCUCGCCUUCCUCUACCGUUUUACCUCCCUGCAGUACGGUAUUUCCGGUCUGCAACCAAUUGAGAACAUCGAAGGCGUCACCAAUAUCGACGUAAAUUCUAAACUCAGCUCGCAUCUAAAAUACGAAGGGGUCAUUGAUAAGAUUUUGGGAACCUAUGUAUUUCCCAGUAUGAGCAAUGUUGAUGGGGAGAAAUGGGACGAUGGAGGAGAAGGAGAAGGAGAAGAGGGAAUUUCGAUGAUUGAUGGCGACAACCAGGUCAAGAAGAAGGAAAUAGAGGAAGAGCUAUUGAUUGAUUUUGGAGAGGUGGCGGAGUUGGAAGCCGAUGUUCCAUUGUCAUUUGGACAAUUGGAUAACAAGAAUCCCAAUGUCUCUUCGUCUACUGGCGCUUCGUACGAUAUGGAAGAUUUGUUAGGCUCGCCAAUAACCCCUACAGAAACUGUUACAAGCAUGAAAACCAAAAGUAUCCCAGAUACUCAUUUCGCUUCACACUCAAACGUCGCCAUAUCACCCAGCAUUGCCACAACCACAACCACACUCGCCACACCAGAUACCACCACUCCUUCCUCGCCAUCUCCUUCUUAUUAUUCAUGCUCCGAAGACGACGGAGGAAUUCAAAUGAUCGAUAACGAUGACGAUAUAGACAUGCAUAUACAAUUGAGCGCCCAAGAAACCUUAUCUACUUCAUCUAUGAAUGAGGCCGAAAGGAUCGAGAAAGGUAUGAGUGGGCUUGUAGUAACCGAACGAUCUAUCGACGAUGUGAAGCAUGAUUCUCCCGUAGAGCCGAAGAGCUUGGGCUCUUUGCCCAGAGACAGAAAAAAAGCUGCUGAUUUCGGAUUGUAUUGAAUAUUGGGAUUUGGUUUUGGCUUCAGUGGAAAGGAGAAUACAGUCACGCGAGACUCACAAAUCACUACCCAAUAAAUUCUCAUAAAUUCA